CUGGGCACACAGAGCCACCAUGCCAAACUGGGGAGGCGGCAACAAGUGUGGUGCCUGCGGCCGCACGGUCUACCACGCCGAGGAGGUGCAGUGUGACGGGAGGAGCUUCCAUCGGUGCUGCUUCCUCUGCAUGGUCUGCCGGAAGAACUUGGACAGCACAACUGUAGCUAUUCACGAUGCAGAAGUUUACUGCAAGUCUUGCUAUGGAAAAAAGUACGGCCCCAAAGGUUACGGAUACGGCCAAGGGGCAGGGACGCUGAACAUGGACAGGGGAGAGAGGCUGGGCAUCAAGCCUGAGAGCACAUCCUCUCCCCACCGACCCACCACAAGUCCAAACACUUCCAAGUUUGCUCAGAAGUUUGGAGGGGCAGAGAAAUGCUCUAGGUGUGGAGAUUCUGUUUAUGCGGCAGAGAAAGUCAUAGGAGCUGGGAAGCCAUGGCACAAAAACUGCUUCCGAUGUGCCAAGUGUGGAAAAAGCCUAGAAUCUACAACCCUAACUGAAAAAGAGGGAGAAAUCUAUUGUAAAGGUGAGGAAAGAAAGAAAGAUCACUUGUUUGUGGUUCAAG